UGUAAUUCAGAGACACAGGGAAUGCUGCUUGGUGCUUUCUUUUUUGGAAACCUGUUUACUCAGAUCCCAGGUGGAUACCUUUCAGGCUGCUUUGGAGGAAGCAUCUUCCUUGGUGGAGGUGCGCUUGGAACAGCCCUCACCCUCCUCACUCCACUGUCAGCACAUCUUGGAGCUAAAUGGCUGUUUGCCUUACAUGCAUUGGAGGGUUUUGGUGAUGGUAUGACUUUCCCUGCCAUGAUGGCCAUGUGGGCCCACUGGACUCCUCUGUUGAUGACCUUCUUGGGUACUGGCUCUAGCUUUGGGGCCUUUGUGGCUCUUCCUCUUACCGGCUCUAUCUGCCAUAUCAUGUAUUCUAAGUAUAUUUUUCUACCACCAUGUGCUACUGGGUGUCUUUGGGCAGUUAUUUGGUUUAUCUUAGUGUCAGAUGAACCCCGAACUCACCCCAGAAUCAGUGACCAAGAGAAAGAUUACAUGACUAACUCAAUACGUUCACAAACGCCACAUGGUUGGUCAGUGCCUGUAGUAUCUAUGCUGAUCUCCAUGCCUCUUCGGCCCAUUAUCUUCCCACAGAUGUGUAGCAACUGGUUAUACACUCUGCUCACCUCACUUCCUCAAUACAUGGACAAUGUGCUCCACUUUGAUUUAUGGGAGUAG